GUUCAUAUCCAGAAUGCAGCCCUGGCCGGCGGGGUGAUCGUUGGCACUUCAGCAGAGAUGAUGCUCACUCCCUUUGGGGCCCUGAUCGCCGGGUGCCUAGCUGGCCUGGUGGCAACCCUUGGCUUCCGAUUCCUCACACCCAUCCUGGCUGCCAAGCUGAAGAUCCAGGACACCUGCGGGAUACACAACCUGCACGGGAUGCCUGGCGUCCUUGGCGCCCUCCUUGGCGCUCUGGUGGCAGCCAUGGCAACGCCAGAUGUCUAUGGGGAGGGGAUGGCCGAAGUCUUCCCCCUUGUGGCCUCUGGGCAGCGGACGUCAGUCUACCAGAGCCUCUUCCAGCUGCUGGGGCUGCUGGUCUCGCUGGGAAUGGCCACGAUUGGUGGAAGCCUCGUGGGGGCCAUCCUGAGGAUGAGAUGCCUUGGGUCUCCCCCUGACGCUCUCUGCUUUGAGGAUCAGAUCUACUGGGAGGUGCCUGAGGAACAUCAUGAUAACUUCCAGGGCAUGGAAGUGGUGAGCACUGAGGAGGCUGACAAAGGCACCCAAGCCUGACAAUGUGGGCCUGGGAUGCUCACGUUGCCAUAACCACCAACAACAAAAGUAAUCAGCCCAAAUUAUAAUGCUUUGCCAUGGAGAAAGGAGAUGUCCUCACGAAGCCCACUGUUGCUGGAAGAUGAUUCUGGGGCUGGAGUCUGCCUGGAAGUCUUGCAAGUACAGCCAGUUGUUUGUAAUGACUCGAGUCCCUGCUGCGCAAGUCCAGAAGCCCACCUUCUACGCUACUUUUCACAGGCUCCAGAGCUGCGCCACGGCCGACUGAAAAUAUCCCAAGGCAGAGCACCGGUGGGCCAUUAUCAAAGGGGGAUAAAUGCCAAUUUUGUUUUUAAAUUAACCAUCUUUUCUCUCACAACCACCUUCAAAUUUACACCAUCUUAUUUGCUUUUCAACAUACAUUUCAUAAUGGAAAUCAGAAAUGCAGCCAAGUAACUGAGAGUGUGUGACAAACUGCAACCCAAAAAAGAUGUGAAUAAAAAGACAACUAAGUGAGGCCCUAAUCUGAGGUUGGGAGAAAGUUUUUCUGUGUGUGAAAGUCGAUAAGUGGUUGUCAAACACUAUUGAACCAAUUGAAGCUUUUGCAUCAGCUGCGUGGAUUCCACAAUGUCAGCUGCCAAUCUUUGGGAGAACGUUGGUUUUUUGGAAGUUUUCAGUAUUUCGCAUAUUCAGUUGUCACCGCUGAAAACAUACAUAGUGUUAAUUCAGUAAAUUUUGUGAAAUUUAGCAAGAAAAUUACUGGCGGCAAGUAAAAUGCAAGAUCAUUGUGUUGCAUCUUUAGAUAUACUACUUUCCAAAAUUGUUGACCUUUUUCAGCCUGGCACCACAAGUGCUAAAAAGUUCCUAAUUCCUUAUCAUGUUUCCAAUACUUUUUGAAUAAUUGGGAUCCAUUUUAACAUAUAACUGGGAUAAUAUACCAAUGAAAAGAUAUUGAUACCAAAUUUCUCUAAGCAUGAUAUUUGCAGUAGAUACUAGUUUGCUAUUGAAAUUCCCAUUGUUGCAUAGCAAUACCUGAAUCCAUAUUAUGCAUUCAUUUAAUCACGCAACGUUUAACUUGUUCAGCUUCAGAAUCAAAUUUUAUCAGUAAUUUAUAAAUACGUUCUAAUAAACACUUGGACUAUUAUAACCUUCUGAAUUCUAUUAACACUAUUCUAUUAAGAUUCUAUUAACAGUCCAUUGGAGAUGGGCAGCUAAUAAAUUCAAAUUAAUAAUUAAUAAUACUGAAAAUAAGACUUUUGAAUAUCCUCUAUGAUUCAGCAUUUCAUUAAGUGCUAUCAUGCUGAUGUCAGAUUCAGCCUGAUGCAUGAAUACUGAAACUAGUGAUUUUAUCCUGAUUUUACUGACCACGAAAUCCAUAAGAAUUAUGAAGCUCCCACUGAUUACCCUUACUCUACAAAUUGAAACUGAUACAGCCAAUUGUGACAAUCCAGGAUUAAAUCUGUUCUUGUACUU